AUGGUGACGCGUCAUCCGGCAUGGACAGCUGUCAUCAGCUUCCUCGUUGCUCUCGCCUCCUCCAUGCUGGCGGUCAAGCUGAAGCUGGACUACUCCUGCAAGCUGCUCAGCAUCACCUUUAUCGUUGUGCUGUGGACACCUGAGAGCAAGGAGCAGGCGGUGCUCGUGGCAGCAUCGCGAGUCAGCUGCAUCGUGCUGUCAGUGCUGAUCAUGGCCCUAUUGGCGAUGCUGAUCUACCCCCAGAUUGCCUCAGAACAGGUGCUUGGUUCGCUAAACAAAGCAAUGGAAUCGAUGGCAAUUUUGAACAGGAUCGUGUGGGAGGAGGUUAUGCACAACAGAGGGGAAAAGGUGGCGGCCGAAGAUGGGCGCCAAAGCCCUUCAGGGGAGAGGCAGCACACAGACAGCGGCGCAAGCAGGCCCUCUGUGACAACUCCAUUCUCUCCAGGUGCCAGUGCAGCGGCAGGCAGCAAUGCGAGUUGGCCGCAGAAUUGGCGGUCCAUGGGUGCAUGGCUGCCAGUGUGCUGCGCGAGGCCGCGGGGGAGGGGGGAUAAUAAACCAGGGGACACAAGCGACGAGGCGGCAGCCAAGCAGCAGCUGGAUGAAGAGGAAAAGGCGGCUGCGGAUCAAGUGGCGCUGCAGCUGGGGUUCAAGGGGUAUGCAGAAUUGGAGAGGGAAGAACCCUUCUUCGACGCCAGCACAGCCGUUCGCAACCAGCAGGCGGCGGCUGAGGAGCAGCUGACGACGGCACUGAGCGAGAUGUAUGUAGGCACGUGGGCCGGCAGAAGGUGGUUUGUGCCAACCGUCUUCUACCAGAACGAGGCGCACAACAAGCAGGGAUGGCACAUGCCCGAGAAGCUGAUGUUACGGCUGGCGAUGCGCAUGCGGAGGGUUGUGCGCGUGCUCAACAUGCUGCAUGCCACCUUCAGGGAGGGCUUCCAGAAGGAGGUCCUAGAGGAAUUGGAGCAUAACUUCCCCCUGGAUCUGCUGGUGGAGCUGUCAGAAGCUGCCAUGGCCACACUGCAGGCUUUUGUGGACGCGUUUCCGAAGCCCGAUCGCCCGGUGACGGCAGAAAUGUCAGAUAUGCGUCUGAGGAAGCUGAGGGAAGUCGCCAAUGUUCUGCUCGCCCUCGCGCAGACCUCGCGCCAGCACAAGGUGGACUUAAUAGCAUUGGGAGAGGAGGUCAGAAAGGCGGUCACGGCCAAAGGCUGCGGCGAAGAAGAGCUGCUGCGGCGGCUGCGGUGGGUGAUUACUAAGACCGGCGGCGGCCUUAGUCAUGCGGUGGGCGCUGACGAGGCGGUCAGUCAGCCCGGUGUCAUGUUCCCCAACACCGAUGCCGGCUGGCUCGCCACGGCUCGGUGGUACAGCUUCCACUUCCUAGUGCACCAAUUGGUGGAAGCCUUGGAUCGGCUGAGGGUGACUCUGAACCUGAUGCUGCCUCGCUUGCCUGGCGCUCACAUCCAGCCGAGCUCACACAACAAAGGUGACAUGAGGCCGACACCCAGUGAGACAGCGGAGCACAGCGCUGCGCAUGCACAACGCAGCAGAGUUCAGGUGGUCCUGGAGGGCUGA